GCUGCCACAGAUCUACACAACGUCCCGUUUGCAUGCCCAGCUGCACUGGCAGGAAUCCCCCAUUUGCAAGCGUCCCAUCCACACAGUCCACAUUCCUUUAAACGGAGGCUGUCGGAGGGGCGUACACCAAGAGUCGCUCUUUUCGCACCAGCAGGGACACUGUUCACCCACCGAGAGAGAGCUUCACCAUGGCCUCAGCACUGAAUUGCACACCUUUUAUGUUGUGUUUUAUUUAUUUGUCGUUACUGUUUGCAAGCGGGUUGUGCGACGCCGAUGCAGAAGAAGAUGAGCAUGCCAAGCACUCGUACACUGUGGAGAUGUUCAACGAGGCGGUGCCCACUGCACCCCACUUUGUCAUGUUUUUCGCCCCAUGGUGUGGCCACUGCCAGAGGUUACAGCCCGCAUGGAAUGAACUAGCAGACAAAUACAACAGCAUGGAUGAGCCCCCGGUAUAUGUGGUAAAAGUAGACUGCGUCCAGGACACCAAGUUCUGCUCCAAUGUCCAUGGAGUUAGGGGAUACCCCACGCUGAAGUUGUUUAAGCCAGACCAGGAGGCAGUUAAGUACCAGGGGCCCAGAGAUCUGCAGUCUCUGGAGACCUGGAUGCUAAAGACACUCCAGGAGGAGCCUACAGAACCAGAGACUGAACUGGAGCCUCCUAAAGCCCCAGAGCCCAAACAGGGCAUGUAUGAGCUCACCGCUCUCAACUUUAAGGCUCACGUAGCCAAAGGUGCCCAUUUUGUCAAGUUCUUUGCCCCAUGGUGUGGUCAUUGCAAAGCCAUGGCCCCAACCUGGGAGCAGCUUGCCACAACCUUUGAGCACUCUGAUGAUGUCAAGAUAGGAAAGGUGGACUGCACGCAGCACUAUGAGGUGUGCUCUGAGAACGGUGUACGGGGAUAUCCCACGCUGCUCUUCUUCAACAACGGACAGAAGACAGACCAGUACAAAGGAAAAAGAGACCUGGACUCUUUCAAAGACUUUGUGGACAACCAGCUGAAGGCUGCCGUUGCUGAGGACCAAGACCAGGAGCCAAGCGAGGAGCAAAAAGCAAACGAGAUCCUCACUGAUGAGCCAGCCAAAGAGGAAGUAAAGUCCGGCGUGUUGACCCUCACAGAGAACAACUUUGACGAGACUGUGGCCAAGGGCAUCACCUUCAUCAAGUUCUACGCUCCAUGGUGUGGUCACUGUAAGAACCUCGCUCCAACGUGGGAGGAUCUCUCCAAGAAGGAGUUUUCCGGCCUCACGGACGUCAAGAUAGCCAAAGUGGACUGCACUGUUGAGCGCACACUCUGCAACAAGUACUCUGUUCGAGGUUACCCCACUUUGAUCGUCUUCAGGGCGGGUGUGCAGGGUGACGAGCAUCAUGGCGGGCGGGACUUGGAGAGCCUGCACGGCUUUGUGAUGAGGCAGGCGAGAGACGAGCUGUAGAAACGGUCAGCACUCCACUCUCCACCACUCUGCUCGCCCACACUGCAUAACUGGCCAGUAGGACACCACUCUCUCUCCUACAGUAACCAAACCUCUCUCUAUCUCUCUCUCCACUUGGGAUCUCUUCAGACAAGAGUCAGCCAAUGACAGACUGUAGUCUGUUCUCUCUCCACUUUUCAAGGACAGAAUGAUUCAGUAGAGUGUUUUGGAUGUGAAUGUAUUUCUCAUUGCUGUUGCCCAACCUUAAAUCUCCUAACAGGGAGAAAACUAUCAUUUGGUUGGGUCUACAAAUGAAGUAAUAUGUCUGACAACCACUUUGCAAGCACUGCUCAAUCAAUCAGAACCAGAAUUCCUUGCACAAAUAAAAACUGUUGUUUAUUAAAAGGGUAAGGACAGAUGUCCCAGUUUCUGUCUGUUAAAGAAAUCAAUUGUUUCUGAUGAACUUCUGUAGCCAUUUACUUCUUUUUUUCUAAAUGCUAAAUUUUAUAUAUGGGAUUUGUUGUUAAAUCAUAAGCCAUUAAUGUUACGGUACUGUCAGUCAGAACUUUGUGUCACCCAAAUGUGAAGUUGAGUGUUAAGUUGAGGGUGUUUUCUAUCCAUGCCAGUGAUGGCCUAUCUAACUUAACUCUCAGGGAAACGCCCUGCCGACUAGAAGGAGUUGUGACAGAGGCAUCGUUGUUAACACAGGAGUCUAGGACUAACACAGGUCUAACAGAGGAGUCGUGGCACAUGGACAUGACUAUUUCCUCUUCAUGAGGUAGAUUUUUUUUAACUUUUGGAAAUAACAACCAGAUAAGCUUGGUAAACUACACAUCACAAGUAUGGAUCUUGCCCGUUUUCUAACUCCUGUGAUCUCAUUCAGCCAUCCCUCUCUACUCUUCCUAGUAUUCAGGGUCUUAGGCCUGAACCAUGUUGCCCCAUUUCUCCACCACUGAACGUCUUUAGAGUUACUACUGCUUCAGUUUUCACUGUUUUGUUUAUUCAGAAACACCCAUCAGAUGCAGCUCAGUUAAUACUGCGGAUUGGAUUUAAAUCUCUCUAAAACUGGCUCUACGUUUGAUCCUUUUGUAGUACAAGAAGUGUGAAUGUAAAGUGUGCUAUAUCUCUCAGGCCAGACCCAUGUUUAAAGGAUUUGGGAACCUGUAAGUGGAGUGGAAGCGGACAUGUGGAGCCAGUACUGAGGGUUAAACUUGCAGUGUAAGUUCAGGAUGUUGUGCAUCUCUGGCACUGUUCUCCCCGUGGUCUUACAAAGAAAGAAUAGGUUUCAUCAGAGCGUUUACAAGCCUACUUCUGCAGGUGGAUAUUUUUGUAAUAAUAUUUGUGAGGUUGGACCUGACAGACAUUUUACUGCAGCUCAGGGUCAGGCUAGCAUCAUAUCACCUUUCUGACUAUGAUUGUGAUCUAUUCUUACCUUUUGGUCCCAAAUUCUGUUCUUAGAUGUCACAAUUUCUGACAGUGGAAAACCUAUGCUGUGAACUCGAUAGCUUUAGGCACCAAAAACUAAGGAUUAAUAGUUUUAGUUGUGUAUAGUUUAAGUUAAAUGGAAAGUGGGGUGAUCUGGUGGUAAUGUGCAGCCUCACCAGCUGCUGGUUUCUGAGUCUCAUUAAUCAGUAAAAUGAUGUGGAGAAGUAGCAUUAUUUUCCUAAUGCAACCAAAAUAAAUCAUAAUUUGGCUGGUGGCUGGUUUUAAUUUCCCACUGUUUGAUUAUAACCACUGGUGAGAUGAAUCAUUCAAACUGAAAUCAUCUUUAGUCUGCUGUAUACUGUACCAUAAACAUCAACCCACAAAUCCAACAGUCAAAGGCCAAGAAUAUGUAAUCCGUCACAGGCCCGGUUCUAAUAGCAUUUGCAGUUUUUGCUAAUAAAAGUUCCCUUCAGCACACUUUUCUGUGAUUGACCUCACCCAGCUGAUCGUGCCCAUUACACUGCAAAUGCUCUUUGACCCAGGUUAUGUGAAAAGAAUGUGCUGCGUGAUGCAGGGCACAAUUUAUUGUCUAAACCCAGGUACACAAACAGACACACAGCAGUUUUUUUUGUCAGUAAAAGUUUUUAUGGAUAGCACAUGGUCAAAGGAACUGACAGAAGUGUUUUUUUUUUUUUUCCUUGUGAGUCACGGGUUGUGCACUACCCAUGGAUUUUGUACAAAAAAAGAGUGAAUAAUGGCAAGUUGUAACAUGAGAUUUCAUAAUAAAUUUUUUUCAAAAAUAA